UACAACGAGAUACGAAUGUUAAGAGAACUAAACAGACUGCCUCACAAAAACAUUUCAAGAAUGUUGCACCAUUUCGUAGUGGGAUUUGAUGAUGGCACUCUGAAUCUUGCCAUUGUACUCAACUACAUGCAGACCGACCUGAAGAAGUUCAUUAAAAACUACCCCCGCACCACUUUGCAAAGGGAAAUUAUCAAGAGCAUAAUGUAUCAGCUGAUGGACGGGUUGAGUUACAUGCACAGUCUGAAGAUAGUGCACAGAGACAUCAAGCCAAGCAACAUCCUCGUCUCCGAGACGGGCAUGGUCCAGUUGUCUGACUUCGGCUUGGCGAAGGUCAUUCUCGAUUUGCAAGUGGUCAACAACGUGAAAGGUUCCAUGUUGUACAGUGCACCAGAGGUCUUCGCUGAUAGGGGCAGUAACCGCGCCUCUGAUGUUUGGAGCUGUGGAUGCAUAUUCGCUGAACUCUACCUAAAAAGACCGUUCUUCAAACGGAGUGAAGUUGAUUUUCCGGUCAAUUGUUUCCCGAUAAUGUAUGAAAAAUCAACAGUCGAGGGCGUAACUCUAAUCAACGUGAAAACUAUAGACCAUCUGGAGACUAUUCCUUUGGACUAUUUCAAAGAAAACAUUCGGCAGAGCAACAAGGAAGCCAGGUACCUUCUGCAGCUAAUGUUGCACUGUCAAAAAGCCUCCAGAAUUGAAGCUAAAAAAGCGCUAUCCCAGCAGUUCUUUAAAAAAGUUCAAGUCCCCUUCAAGAUUGAUUGGAUGAAUGCGCGCCAUUCACUAUGUGAAGUAAGACCUCACAACCUCAUGAUUUCUGUGAUAAAGGAUGGAUGAUGACAAUAGCAACAACGACAAUGACAGGAACAAAAACAAACACAUCAUAAACAACAACAACAAGACAUAUUAAACAAUUAAUUAAUUUAUCAGUUUCUAAAAUUGUCAUUUGAUUUCCCAUGUUUAACCCUUUCACUUUCAUUAUUUAUUAUUUUUUUCAUUUUGUAACAGAUUCUGCCUCUGUCAGAUUUUGUUUUUUUUUAUUUCAUUUUACAAAUUGAAAAUAGAGCUUAUGAAACACGUUAACAAGUGUAAAACAAUGAUGGUCUCUAGUAAAAUGGAUUGCUUCAUUUCAUUUGAUAUGAACGUCUUCACAUACACGUGUUGCUUUUAUUUGCUUCCUUUAACAUUUAGUUACAUUUUCUUUAUUUUAAGCAUGUGAUUUAAAUUUUCAUGAUCUUACCGAAUUUUAACUUUUUUCAGAUGCAUUUUUUUAAUUGUCUAAUGUAGCCAUUUGACGUAAUUUAACUUUAUAUCUUUAAUUUAAUUCGUAACUUUUGUAGUGUUUCUGCUUUUUAUUGAAACUGCAUAUUCUAGUAUUUAUGAAAAUCUUGUUUUUUUUUUUAAAGUAACACAUUUAUAAAUUUCAAUUGUGAAGCGUACAUUUUGCUGAAAUCCCGAUUUUAAAUUUUCACUGCCUGAUAUGACGACGUGCUAAACAUUUAAAUGAACAUUCCAUGCGUUAUAGUACCUUUGCCCCGUCGAUGCCUUAGAUUCAAAUUUAUAAAAUCAUUAAAUCGCAUUUUGAUUUAAGUCGUUGUCAUCGAUAUGAAUAUUUUAAAUAAAUUAUUAUUAAAUUAAAAACUUCUCUUCGUCA